GUAGGCAUUCAGACCAAUAGUGAUUAGGAAACCUUGAAGCCUGCCCAACGAUCGUGGGCAGGAGGUGGUUUCUGGUUUGUUGGGGCGUGUGUAUGUGUAUUUGGGGGGACUGAAGGGUACGUGGGGCGAAACAAAACUGGCCAUGGCAGCAGCUGAGGAGGAGGACGGGGGCCCCGAAGGGCCAAAUCGCGAGCGGGGCGGGGCGGGCGCGACCUUCGAAUGUAAUAUAUGUUUGGAGACUGCUCGGGAAGCUGUGGUCAGUGUGUGUGGCCACCUGUACUGUUGGCCAUGUCUUCAUCAGUGGCUGGAGACACGGCCAGAGCGGCAAGAGUGUCCGGUAUGUAAAGCUGGGAUCAGCAGAGAGAAGGUUGUCCCGCUUUAUGGGCGAGGGAGCCAGAAGCCCCAGGAUCCCAGAUUAAAAACUCCACCCCGCCCCCAGGGCCAGAGACCAGCUCCAGAGAGCAGAGGGGGAUUCCAGCCAUUUGGUGAUACCGGGGGCUUCCACUUCUCAUUUGGUGUUGGUGCUUUUCCCUUUGGCUUUUUCACCACCGUCUUCAAUGCCCAUGAGCCUUUCCGCCGGGGUACAGGUGUGGAUCUGGGACAGGGUCACCCGGCCUCCAGCUGGCAGGAUUCCCUCUUCCUGUUUCUCGCCAUCUUCUUCUUUUUUUGGCUGCUCAGUAUUUGAGCUAUGUCUCCUUCCUGCCCACCUCCAGCCAGAGGAGAAUCAGUAUUGGGGGUCCCUGCCGACCCUUCCUUACUCCUGGACCCCCUUGACCCCUCUAUUUCUGUUGGCUAAGGCCAGCCCUGGACAUUCUCCAGGAAGGCCUGGGGAGGAGGAGUGAAGUCUGUGCAUAGAUCGAGAGCCUUCUGCUCAGAGGCUCACUCGGUAACGUUGUAAUUCUCUGCCCUGGGGAUGGAGGAUGGAUUGAGAGAAUGUCUUUCUCCUCUCCUAAGUCUUUGCCUUCCCUGAUUUCUUGAUUUGAUCUUGAAAGGUGGGCAAAGUUCCCUCUGACUCUUCCCCCACUCCCCAUCUUAUUGAUUUAAUUUAAUUUUUCACUCCCCAGAGUCUAAUAUGGAUUCUGACUCUUAAGUGCUUCCUCCCCCUCACUACCUCCUUUAAUACAAAUUCAAUAAAAAAAAAAGGUGAAAUAUA